AUGGCGCGGUGCGAGGGGCCACGACAGGCUGUCAAGAGAGGAAAGGACGAGGUGGCGAACCAAUCCGUGAUGGGCUUUCUGGAGGAGCGCGACCUGGCUAUCUCCAGCAAGAGCAUGUUGCUGGCGUCUGACAUCAAGCUUGGCCGCGAUGGGUGCGACGGACCUGGGCGGCGACGCGGCUGCCAGACGGAGAAGGUGCUGCAGGAAGCAGGGAGGGAGGACGGCUACCGCGGGCCGUCGAGCGCAGCGCACCGAGAAGAUGAGGAGGCGCUCUGCCCUGGCCGCUGGGCCCUGCAGGCCAGGGGGCUCUCGAGCACGGGAGCCUCGCCGCAGGCCGCGUGCGGACGCUGGCGGCAGGCGUUCGCGCCCUCGCGCGCCAGGCAGCUGAAGCAGCAGGCGGGGGCCGCCGACCCUGCCAUCGAGCUGAGGGCCCAGCUCCGUGGCUCCCAGCUAUGCCUCCGGGAGGCCGCGCCUGAGCUGCACGUGGGGAUCAAGAGGGGGUGGCACGCCAUCAGAGGCGCGCUCCAAGCAGCAGGAGGAGCUGGCAGAUGGCGCAGAGUACGGAGGCCCAUGGGUGCGGUCAUCGCGACGCUCAUGGACCUUGGCUUGGAGGCGCGCUCGGCAGCGUUGUGGAUCAGACAGGGGAGCUGGCUCCAGCAGAAUGGGUGCACAGCGGACCUGGACGCGUUCGGCAACAUCAUGGAUCGCCAGGCCAUCGUGCAGAUGUGCGGCGGCAGCUGUGGAGGCAGGCAGCCGAGCACGAGGACGGCGGUGACCUGGCAGCUGGGGCUGAUGCCCUGCAUGUGCGACGGGAUCUGUGGGCGGGCACGCCAGGAAAGGUGGGUGGGCUGCGUGGAUCGGGCUGCUGGCAGCGGUGAGCGUUGGGCUGUGGCGCCGCAGGCGAAGGCCCCAGGGUCGGGGCACCUCGUGGAGGAGGAGUUCCCACGCUGCGGCCUGUCGGACCAGACGCUGGCCCGCGGGAUUCGGAGGUGCCCAGCCAACGCCAACGGUCACAGCGAGCUCAGGCAGUCAGAGCACGUUGGUGCCGAAGGUGGCGCGCGAGCCCUCGCUGUGAAAAGCUGCGCCGCACUGCGUGCGCACCGCCGCCUGUCCCCGGCGCGCCCCCCGCACCCCGUGUUCAGCUCUGCCCCCGAGGACGCCGUGGCCGAGGCCUCCGCGGUGUGCCGGCGGCUGGCGGCGGAGGCCGGCCGGCAGCGGGAGCCGGCCUGCGAGGAGUGCCUGCGCUGGGAGGCGAGCGCUCGCCUGCACCAAGCCCGCGCCGGGGAGUCGCAGGAGCUGCGCCUGCAGCUGCGGGCCCUCCAGGAGGCGAGCGCCACCGCCGAGCACCUGGCCUCGGAGCGGCAGCAGGCCGCCGCCGCGGAGGUCGGCGAGCUGACGGAGCACCUGCACCUGGAGAGGGAGGCCUGGUUCUGCAUGGAGGAGCAGGUGCCCCUGGCGCAGGAGGCGGCCGCGCACCACGCCGCGCACGCCGCGGAGGUGGCUCUGCAGCGGCACUGGGGCGCGCAGCGGGCGCUGCUGGAGGAGGUGGAGGCCGCGGCCUCCGAGGCUCUGGGCGGCGGCUCGCCCAGCGGCGCCUGGCGGAGCGAGCUGGCGGCCGCGGAGUCCCCCGACCCGCUCAUGUCGCCGCAGGCGCCGCGCCGAGCCAGACCCCAGCACCAGCGCGCGCG